AUGGCCGACGACUUGCUCCAAAUGUUUCAAAGCAUCACGACGAGUGAUCGAGAUGAAUUAAUUGAUCAAUUUGCACAUUUAUUACAAUUAGAUGUACAAACAGCUACUUUCUUUCUUGAAUCGUGUAAUUGGAAUGUUGAGACAGCGGUGAAUAAUUAUUUAAUUACAAUGGAAGCCACAGGAGGAAAUACAAGUGGAAGAGAAGGAAUGGAGAGAGGAAAGGAUUUGGAGAUGGAAGACGAGUGUAAUAUUCUUGUAGAUCAUCAAGAGAUACAACAAGAACCAGACGAACAAGAGAAUCAGUAUCAACAACCAAAUUCUGCCUCGUACGAAGCUCAGUUUAUUAGCGAUCUAUCAGCUACGCAGAAUACGCUUUUUGCACCCGAAACGCCAGUUUAUAUGCAAUGGAGUUUUGUCAAUACUGGACAAGACGCAUGGCCGACAGAUACACGACUGUUAUUUGCACAAGGCACGACCUUUCAAGGACCAGAAAAAAUUCAUGUUGCAGCACCAGUUGGUCAGCGGAUAGACAUCCACGCACCUCUUUGUAUGCCGUCGGAACCAGGAUCUUAUGCUGGUAGCUGGAGACUGCACUGCUCGGGAGGGUUUUUUGGCGACCCAGUGUGGGUUGUUGCAAAUGUAGGCACGCGUGAAGCAGCUGCAGCAUUUGCUUUGCAGCAACAACAGCAAGCUGCAGAUGGUGAUUCCUCCAAGGUCCAAUGUGCUCAAAAUGACCGGCAGCCUUCAUCAGCUGUUGUCGAGGAUAUGGACUUGCAGUGA